UGGCAAUCCAAAAUCUUGCACUUUGCAUUGUUAUAUUAUUUUUUUGUUCCUGUCAUCUUGUCUGCUUGUGAUUAUACUACAAAAUGUAAAUGUCCACAGCCCCGAAUGCACUUCCACAAGGUCAAUACUGUGGUGGCUAUUCUGGAUCAUGCAAUUCUACUCAUGUUACAAUGCAACCCUCAAGGCGGAGGCUGUGAAUAUGGCUACCGUAAUUCUUGUGCACGAUGUGGAAAAUUAAAUUGUGCCUCAACUCCACACCAACUUGUCAACCUUUGGGCGUGUUCUAGUGAUACAGAUUGCUGUAAAGGCGUUUGUGAUUAUGGUUACUGUGUAACUUGUCGAGAUUUUGGAAGACCAUGUCAAAAAGCUUCAGACUGUUGCAAUGGAAAUGUAUUAACG